AGAGCUCAGAGAGAGAGAGAUGCUGCACCUGUUCACGAUCACCUGAGGAGAAGAAUUAAGCCAGCAGAGGAGGAAAGACACAGAAAACAUAGAGGGGAUAAAGGUUUUUAAAGCAUGGCAGGACAGUUUGACAUCUGAGAGUCUCCUUCAUCAUCCUCUUCAUCAACACGGUCUGUCCUCGUCUCCGUUGGUGCCAUGGCCGACCCCAGCUGGUGGAAGCUGACCUUCUCCCGUAAGAAAAAGUCUGAACCAAAGGUUCUGUACGAGAUCCCGGCUGAAUAUGGCAGCAACACGGGAAACAAAGACCACCUGGGCACCAACAACCCUCCUACAGACGUCAUGGACAGCCAGUUCAAUGCCAGGCUGGAGAAGAUCGUGGACAAAUCUGCCACAAAGGGUCGACAUGUGAAGGUCUCCCACUCCGGACGCUUCAAGGAGAAGAAGAAGGUGCGAGCCACGCUGUCGGAGAACCCGAACCUGUUCUCAGAGCACAACCUCAGCGAUGAGAACCAUAAAAACAAGGCUGAGAAAUAACACACAGGCUCCAAAAUACACAUAAUCUGAAAUGUGUCAUGCGUCAUUUUUAAAGGCUUUAUAAUAUAUGCAAGAAAAAUCAUGUGGCACUACAUGUGCAGCCUGCAAGCUGGAUAAACACUCGUCACCUGGCACCACACCCAGGUAGAUACUGUUACCAGUGGACUCACACCCAAACACACAACUGGUAUCAGCAGAAAACCAUUAAACCAAGCACUGGGGACCAGUUUCCUUUACAGUUUGUUCCUUUAUUUCUGAUUUUCUGUGCUCAAAUGGAUUUUAAAUAUCACUGAAAGUUCUCACUAAUAUGCAAAAUGCUCAAAAACUUCUGCAAAAACCAUUGAGAUAAUUAGAAACAUCACAUCACACAUACUUUAAUCAUUUUAAGUGUAGAUUUUUUAAAGUAAAUCCUUUUUUAUGUCCAAAAAAUCAUGAAAAAGUGCAAAAGUGUCCAUAUGCAAUCAAACCCCAGUCAUCUUUUAUACUUUCUAUUUCUAAAAGGCAAAAGAUAAUUAGGCUUUUUGUCUUUGAUUUGAAUAUGAUGCAUAAAGGAAAUAUUUUUUAAACAAAACAUGGAUAUAUAAUCAUUUUAUUUGUUAAGCUGCUGUUAUUUUCCUUGUAAAAAUGAUCCAUUUCUUGAAAUAGUCAUGCAAAUAUCAUUAUAAAUGAACAGUAAUAUAAAUGUUAAUUAUUAUUAGUUGUUUUUGUUGUUGUGAUGGGCAGUUUAUAGAGUCAAACCUCCAAAAUAAAUCAGAGUUUUGAGGAAUAUUAUGCAAGAUGCAACCAAACCUCUGAUAUUUUUUAUUCAUUUUUUCUAUCAGAGAAAAGACACUUGAUUUUUAUGUCUAUGAAGGAAAUUUUGUGCAAAAUCUAUAAAUUUAGAAGAAAUAAAAUGGCAUGCUCGUAUUACCAUUUUUUAACUUUCCUUGCUCAUUCUGUCAUUAUUCAUCCAAUAAAAAAAGAUCCAUAUCAUGAAGGAAAAGUUAUUUUAAUCUAGCAAAUAUUACUGACAAUGAGCAUGAGUUAUUUUUGAUUUUUUUUUAUAUACUUGAUAUGAUUUUUUUUUGAAAUAAACCUCUUCUAUGCUUGAAUAAUCAGUCCAGAGUAAUGCAAGAUAAAACCAAAAAUCAACAUUUUUAAUGAAUUUUUUUUCCACUUGAGCAAAUAGAAACUUCACUUUUGUGUCUCUUUGUAAAAUUUUUAUGUAAAAUCUAUAAAUAUAGAGUUGAAAUAUAAAAGGGUAUGCCUGUGUAAUUAUUUAUUUAAUCUUUUGUUAUUUCCCUUGUUCACACUGCUGUUAAUUGUCUUAAAAAUGAACCACAACACAGAGAAAAAGUUCAAACAAUCCUGCAGAAAUCAUUAGGAAUUAAAAGUCAGAGUACUGUAUGUUUAUGAGUGUGGAUUUUUUGGAGUAAACCUCCUUUUUUCAUGUCAAAAAAAAUCAAAAUUGAACUGAAGAACUGUCUAAACACGACCAAACCUCCAGUCAUUUUUUAUGCAUUUUUAUAACCAAAGCAAACUAAGACUUGAUUUUAAAUCUGUGUAUGAAAUAUGUGUGCAUACUUUAAAUGUAUGUAAAAUUUAAAAAAAAAUCAAAGGCUAUGUUUAUUUAAUCUUUAUCUCUAUUUGAUCAUUUCUUUAUUCUUUUCUGACUUUCCUCCUUAAAAUACUUAUUUCUGAUUAAAAAUACCCAUAAGUGUCAGAAAAGUUUAAUCAUGUAAUCACUGUCAUGACAAAUAAACAGUCCUGUUAUUGAAGAGAUCAUUCUUAUUUUCAUAUACAUUAAACUGUGCUGAACUUUUGGGCAUGUUUGGGCCAAAAACUAAAGCUGAAGUAAGAUGCAGAUGUGGUGACAAAGCCACAUCUGUGUGGGCACUGACACAACCCUGGUCGUGCUCUGGGUGUCCUUGCGCAUUGCCAGGGGCACGGGAACAAAAUCAGUUUAAAAUUUAAGUAACAAACAAAUUUUAGCCAGUUUUUUCAUUUACUUUAUCACCUAAGAGACUUGUUUUUUAUGUCUGUGUAUGAACAUUUGUGUACUAUAUAUGUUGUAAAUUUAAAGGUAAAUGUCUGCUUGGAAAUGUUUUGUUUAAUCUUUUCUGACUCUUCUGUGCUUAAACUUCUGUUAUUUUUAAUAUUGACUCCAAAAAUGAAGGAAAAGUUUAUAAAAUCCUGCAGAUAUCUCUGUGAGUAAAUAGAUAAAUCACUGCCUUUUCUGUUAUUGUGGAUGUGGAUUUUUUGUGUGUAUUUUUAUGAC